AUAAGACAGAAUGUGUACAUCAAUUGUCAAAUAGGUUUCUAAAAAAAUAUUAAUAAAUUUGUAGGAAUUUAUUAUUGUACCGAUUUUAAAAGAAAAAAUAAUUGACAAUUAUUGUUGAACUGAUAACAGUAGUAUGUUUCAUAUCAAUAAACUGUGAUAACUUGCGAAGUCAUUCUUAAUAUGGAAGCAUUUUGGAGAAAGUGCUGCAUUGGAGAAAAUUCAACCAAAAUGAACAUUACGCAGUUAUUAUUUCAAAUAUGAUAGAAGAGAAUCAAAUGGGAUCACAAACGUUAGAAAUUCUCAGACAAGGAGUUUGGGCUUCGUUAACGGGAGGAUGGUUCUACGAUCCUCACCAGGAUGUUUUUUGUAACACUUUUCAUUUAUACAUUUGGUUAUAUUUGCUCUGUGUACCUUUCUGCAUUUACGUGUAUUGUCCACCAUCAUUAACAGUCUGGUAUUUUUAUUGUGGUUCAGUUACGUUAGGUCUUACUGUAUUGAAACUUGUUAAUUAUAGUCUCCACUAUAUGUAUGAUACCAAAGAGUGCAUAAUAGAAGAAAUUGAAGAUACACCGCAGGAAUUGAAAAAAGAAGAAGAAGGGAUUGAAUUACAGGAACUUCCUAAUAAAUCUAGUGUACAAACAAGUAGGACUGUAACAAAAUUGCCUCAUCUUCAUGAUAUUGAAUUUGGUCCUUUACAUAGUACUGAUGCGGAGAGUUUAGAGUUUGAUAUACACCAAACAGAUUACACAGAAGGGGCUUGUAAACCCAGCAGUACUAUUGAUUUAAAAGCAGAAGUGCACAGGAAAAAUUCAUCUGAAAGUAGCGAUGAUAAUCCAAUCAUUCCAGUUUCUAAUCAAUAUGAAACUAAACACACCUCUGAUAGACGUCCAAAGCACCAACGCUCCAAAACUGAUAGCUAUGUAACUGUUAUUAAGGAAGAUCAAAAAGUAACCAUAAUGGAUGAGCAAGAUAUGCCUUUGAAGCAAAGAUCCCUUUUACAAAGUGUCGAAUCCGAGCUGGAAAGAGAUUCUGGUAAUUUCGAUCAAAUAGAAACUACCGGAAGGAGAUAUUCAAAUUUUACUAGUUUGAGUUUUUUACCAUCCAAUGUACAAACUGAGAUCAAACCGACAGGUUCUCUCGAAUUAGGUUAUAUAGACAAAAAUCUAAAUCAACCUCUAACUUCUGAAGGGUUUUAUUUCAAACCGACUGUUAUGGGGGUGCGCCGUAUAAGAUCCACUGUCCUUGAAGCCUGUUGUCCUCCUUUAUCCCUUGAUCUCCACCCCAACAGCUUGGAAAUACUUGGGGCUAAAAGCUUAACCAAAAAUCCUCUACCACCCCCCAGCUCUAGUUUAACAAGAAAUCAACAUCUGAAUUUAUGUUCCUAUUACGGUUCUGAGAUUGUUUAUCCAAUAGCGGAACAAUCAGAUGAACAUCAGACUUCCCAUGGACCGGAUACUGAUUUAGAAAGUAUGGAACAUAGAUCUGAAUCUGAGGUAGAAGAAAAUGAUCAAGGUAGCCACAGUCCGUUGAUGUAUAUCAAACAGAAAAAACUGAAAAGCGUGCCUUACGAAGACAAGUAUCAACAACCAAUUAAAAUACUUUCUAAUACAACAAUACUCAAUACAAAAGAAUGUAACAAUUCCAAAGAUAAACUUAUAGAAAAUAACGAUAAUUCAAAUUCCAGUACCACACCCGAUAUGCAAGAUGCCAGAACUGAUUUUUAUAAUACAGAUAACGAAAUCAGUGAUAAAAAUCUUUCUUUCAGUAAUUCUAGCAUGGAAUGUGAAGAUAAUAGAGCAGGGUCUAUUUGUCCUGGUACCGAAGAGAAAAUUGAUAAACCGGUAAAAAGGAGACCGCAAAAAAUAUGUAGAAUAGUUAAACCCGGUGAAGAUGAACCGCCGGUGGUGGUAAGAAAAAAGAAAAUAGCGAAGACGCGGAGGAGGGCGAUGAGCGACGACCAAGCUGGUCAUUCGAGAUGUCAACAUCAAAGAAAAUUUCCCAACUUGACUGAACCUCUUAAAAGAGAUAACGGUUGGUGUAGUACCACAACCGUAUCUUUAGAACACGACGUUAGUAAAGUCCUUCAAGACCAAGUCCCAUCGACUAGUAGCCUGGGCGCUAUACCAAAGAAAACCCGAAGGGACACCCAAAGUUCCAUAACGAAAAAACUACCGAAAAGCGAAUCGGAAAAAUGUAGCGUAUGCAGAUGUAAACCGAGGUUGGAUAGACAAAGAAAUGAACCGACGAAAGAAAAUAAAGUCACGCAAACGCAGUUGAGGCAUUCGGAAAGUUUGAGUCCAGUAGACGGAUUAGAAACCGGACAGAAAAAUAAUUUAUCUAAAACAGAUACUAAUAAAUCGGAUCCUCAAUCUAAGAACGAAGACGGUUCCUCCAACGGUUCCAAUAACGAAUUAAGCACUUUAUUACCCCCGGCGCCUCUAUUAUCAGUGUUCCUGCAAUCCAGACCGAGCAAUAUAAGUUCCACUAUGGGCUUGGAAAGUAUCCGGUCGAAUUCUAACCGUAUGAGGUUGAAAAGAAUGAACCGAGCCCAUAGGAGAAGGACUAACCCCGUAGGUAAAAAGGACAAUUUCCUAUCAGGAUACGGUGGUACAUAUACAUCUAAAAAUUUUAAUGAUACCACGGAAAGUUGUAGUCAUUGUACCACAGAUGAAUACGGUGAUUUGUGUGUAUUAUCCUAUGACGAUAAAGGGGGUAGUAUCGAAACGAACGGUCCUAGUACUUCGCACGGGGCGGAGGCGAAUCGUAGAAACCGACGUCGGAGUGAUACUAGAAGGACAGUCGAUAUUUGGGAUAGUAACAGUACGGAAUCGAUAUGUAAUAGUUCGGUUUCUACGAUAUUAGACGUGUCUUUGCAAAAAUCGAUGCAACCGAUGAAUUUUCAACAGAAUUCUGAUCAAUUCCAGAGGAUAAAACCGCCUUUCGAACAGGAUCGAUUGCUAUUAUCGGAAUCGGCGUCGACGAAAUUCAAGUGCAUAAUACCGAAACCGACGGACGAAAACGUGAAAAGGACGAAAAGUUAUUACGCGUUCAAAGUGUGGCCGCCGCGGACAUACGUCAAAAUCAGUAUGGACAGAUUGAAAUUGUCGGCGCUUCUAGAUCGAAAUUUAACUUUGCGCGAAACGAUAAUUUCCAUAAUAUUGGGCGGUUCGGUUUGCGCAUUGGGCUCGAUAUUGUUGUACAAACAAUUUUACAGGGACGUAUCGGCUUUCGCGUUUUGUUUCGUAACGGCCGGUUGCCAAUAUUCGUUGGUGAAGAGCGUCCAACCGGACGCCGCCUCCCCCACGCACGGUUUCAAUAGAAUAAUCGCCUAUUCGAGACCGUUGUACUUUUGUAUAUUCGCAUCCUUGGUACUUAUACUCGAUUCGAAUUUAUCGGAACGGACGCGCGACUCCUCCGGCUACGACCUCAAUUCGUUCCGGUUAACUCCCGAGCAAUAUCUGCGUCUGUCGCGCGAUUUUUUCGUUACGUUCAUAUUGGCGUUUCCGCUGUUGUUUUCUUUCGGCCUCUUUCCUCAGAUCAACACGUUUCUCGUCUAUAUUCUCGAACAAAUCGAUAUGCACGCGUUCGGCGGCAACGCCGCCUCCAAUCUAUCGGCGGCCUUUUAUUGCGUUUUCCGAUCGUUUUUUACUGUGAUAAUAUUGGGGGGCGUGUGUUACGGCGGUUUGAGCGAGACCAAAGGGGCGCAGCAUAUUUUGUUUUCGAUAUUUUGCGCGUGUCUCGUAGCCGCCUGUUACCACCUCAGCAGAUCUACCAGCGAUCCGACGCAUAUGUGGAACAUGUUGAAGGAUCAUCUCUGGCUGCCUGACGUCUACAGGGAACAGCAGAACCGGAGAGACGGCGGCGAACCGCCCGCCGGAGGUGGCCAAAACGAUCAGGAACAUGAAGAAAAAUAUAUAUUUCAGGAUAAACUCACAAAAAACGAUUCCAAAGACAUAAAUACUAAAGAAAAGACUGUAAAAUUUCCUAAUAAUAAAGAACAAUACCCCGAAGACGAUGUUGCGGAUCCGUUGCCUUCGAAAUUACAAAAAAUCAACAACGCCAGAUUAAAAAACGACCUAAUAUUAUGCAGUUUAAUAGCGAUUUUAGUUUUCGCAGUUCACGCCAGUACCGUAUUUACGGUACUCCAACCGGAAUUGGGUCCGGUUUUAUGGUCCAUAGGCGCUACAUUGGGGUUCAUCUUACAUUAUAUCAUUCCUCAAUUUAGAAAACAUCUUCCUUGGUUAUGUAUCGCCAGACCGAUCCUUCGGUCACAGGAACACGAACAUUAUCAGAUCAAAGGACCUGCCAAAAUUAUGUGGUUCGAAACGGUGUACGUAUAUUUUUCUUUUUUGGAACGAAACAUAGUGUAUCCACUUUUGUUUCUCUCCGUAUUGACUGAAGACUCUCCUCGUAUAGUUUCGAAAUACGGUACUCUACGAGGCUCAUUUAUAGUUGUGAUAUGCGGAAUAAAGUGCCUAAGGAACAGUUAUUCGAAUCAGAGCUCCCAAUAUCUGAUUCUAAUAUUUUCGGCUUUAUUUUACAAAUACGACGUCAGGAACGUCGGCGAAUCGUUUUUGGUUAUCUACUUUUUUAUGGUUACUAUUUACAAUAAAAUUUACGAGUUGUUGUUAAAGAUUCAAUUUGUUGUGACUUACAUAGCCCCUUGGCAGAUAACGUGGGGCUCGGCGUUCCACGCCUUCGCCCAACCAUUCUCUGUACCCCAUUCCGCCAUGUUGUUCCUACAAGCGAUUUUAUCGUCCUGUCUUUCGAUGCCCCUGAAUCCUUUCUUAGGUAGCGCCAUAUUUAUAAUAUCCUACGUACGUCCUAUUAAAUUUUGGGAAAGGGAUUAUAACACCAGACGAGUAGAUCAUUCGAAUACUCCACUUUCUUCCCAUUUAGACAGAAAUUUAGGGGCGGACGAUAAUAAUUUGAAUUCGCUGUUUUACGAACAUCUCACCAGGUCCUUGCAGACUUCUCUAUGCGGUGAUUUAAAAAUGGGGAGAUGGGGUCCGGUGAAUCAGGGAGACUGUUUCGUAUUAGCAUCGGAUUAUUUAAAUUGUUUGGUGCAUAUCAUAGAAAUGGGUAACGACGUAACCACUUUUCAAAUGAGGGGAUUGGAGUUCAGGGGGACUUAUUGUCAACAAAGAGAAGUCGAAGCUAUUACCGAAGGGGUCGAGGAAAAUGACGGUUGUUGUUGUUGCGAUACUGGUCACCUACCGAAUAUGCUGAGCGUAAACGCCGCUUUUAAUCAAAGAUGGUUGGCUUGGGAGGUUAUGGCUGCGAAAUAUAUUCUCGAAGGUUAUAGCAUAUCUGAUAAUAGCGCGGUGACUAUGUUGCAGGUUUUUGAGUUUAGGAAAGUUUUGGUCUCUUAUUAUGUUAAGAGUAUAAUAUUUUAUUUGCUCCGUUCACCGAAAUUAGACCAUUGGUUAUUUAAUCCUACAAUUUUGAAAGCCCUAUCUCCGAUGGAACACAGAACGUUCGUCGAUUUAGAUCCAACUUUCAACAGUAACAUCGACGAAGAUUACGACAUCCAAAACAGCGGCAUUACAAAAAACAGUUUUAUGCAAAUACACGGCGAUUGGAUAAAAUAUUGCGUAGAAAGAUCUGAAAAGAACAUCGAAUGUGGAUUAAACGCCCCGUUGACUCUAUUAUGUUUCGCGUUGAGUCUGUUAGGUAGAAGAACCUUAGGUGCGGUUUCCCAUAACACAGUUUCCGGAGUGGAGUUUUUUCUUUACGGCCUACAUGCUCUAUUCAAAGGCGAUUUUAGAAUAUCCUGUGCUAGAGACGAAUGGGUUUUCAGUGAUAUGGAUCUGCUUAAAACCGUGGUAGCUCCAGGUGUUCGAAUGUCUCUAAAAUUACAUCAGGAUCAUUUCAUGGCAGCCGAUGAAUACGAAGAGCUUUCCACUUUAUACGAUUCCAUUUGUAAACACGAAGAGGAGUUGGUUAUUUCACACGAAGGUGAUCCGGCUUGGAGAAGGGGCGUGUUGAGUGGAGCACCUAGUCUUUUAGCUCUAAGGCACGUUUUCGAUGAAGGUAACGAUGAAUACAAAAUAAUAAUGUUAAAUAAACGUUAUUUGAGUUUUCGUGUUAUAAAAGUGAAUAAAGAAUGCGUUAGGGGCCUUUGGGCUGGUCAACAACAAGAACUAGUCUAUUUUAGGAAUCGUAAUCCGGAACGUGGUAGUAUACAAAACGCCAAACAAGCCCUUAGGAAUAUAAUAAAUUCGUCUUGUGAUCAACCCAUAGGGUACCCCAUAUACGUUUCACCCCUUACCACGAGUUAUGCGGAGACCAAUGAACAAUAUUCUAGUCUAGUAGGGGGAUCGGUUACUUUAAAGAAGAUAAAAAAUUAUUUUUUUAAUACGUUUAGAAGGAUAAGAAAAAGGUGCGGUGAGGGUUGUUCUAGCGGAUCGGCUAAUAGAGAGGAAGUUAGUAUGGGACACGAGGGGAUGUACGCCAUGACUCCGAUGUCUACUUUAGCCCAUACCGGUAGUCAAUCUACGGAUGGUUCUCAUUUGGGUGGCAGCAUCGGUAGAGGAUCGAGUCUGAGUAGAGCUUCGUUAGGUGGUAAUAGGGGUAGUUUAGUUUCGAUGGGGAAACCGACUAGUUCGACUUUGGUCAGUUUGGCGGGAUUAUUUAAGGAGAGGGAUGAAAGGUCGGUAUCUCAAGUACCUGAUGUUCAAAUUCGAGGGGGAGGUGAAGAAAGGGUCGUCGAUACAAAUCCCGUUGCCGAAAGGGAUUGUGCAAUAAGGGUUAGAAUUACAGAUUCGAAUGCUGUGUUCGAUUCGUUAAAUCAGAUACGAAAAGUGGAAAUAUUGUGGCCGAACGAAUUUAUAAGGAUUAGAGGUGGAAAAACUUAUUGGAAAGAUUGGAAACCGGAAGUCGGAAUGGAUGGAACGGUGGUGCAUAAAUGGUUGCCGUGCCAUAAGGAUCCCAGCAGAAGGUCACAUAUUGAAAAAACAAUCCUUUUAGUUAAUAUCGAUGAUAAAUACGUCCCGAUAGCUGAAAACGGCGUACAGGAUAUCGGUGCGGAAGUAUAGCAAAAGUUAUACAUUUCGGAAUCUUAAUACUCUUCCAUAUAAUUUUAAAUUAAAGUCUCCGGAGAUACAAAUACGAGUUCCUGUUUAUGAAACGAUAUUUUCUUUUUACUUAAUUAAUUUAAUUAAUUCAGAUUUUCUUUUUUUUGAAUUGAAAUUUUUCCUCGGAGACUUUCUAUUUAAUUUAUUUCCAUAGACUGUUGCGAUUUUUAUUUCGUAAGCUAUCGAUACGUUAUCGAGUUUUUUUAUUGUUUCGCAACAGUUUGGACCGGUGAUUAACUGUCAUUGUCACUCUCUAGUUCGGUUCUACCUUGAUUGAGGUUAAAUUAUCGCUUCUAUAGGAUUUGAAUCAAAUUUUUGCAUCCUUCAGACCAAUUAAAGUGAAAUUUAACCGCUCCAUCCGUAUAAUUCUUUCCAUAAUCUUCUAUAUUGAAAAAAAAAAUGUAGUUUUGUUAAAAUUUGUAAAUUAUAUUAAAUGUGAGCAGCUUAAGGAUUUACACUGUACGUAUUUGUCUUUCUGGAAAUUUCUAUACUCAAAAAAUUGAUUAAUAUUAGACAUGGACGUCUCCAAGACCCACAAUACUCUUAUUUAUAUGCUAAAAUUUUUCUGGAAGUUUCCGUUUUCAGAAAACCCAGGAUUUUUGUUAAAAUUUGAAUAAUCUAUUAGACAGGGGCGGCUUAGAAAUUUAAACAACAUAUUUUAAUAUUUUAUUAAACAGGGACGUCUUCGAGUUUUAAAGUACAUACAGGUAUUUAUAUCGAGUUAUUGUGGGAGCCUAUUUUCUGGAAAAAAAACUAGAAUUUUACAAAAUGUUGAACAUUCGAAAUGUUUUAUAAGACAGGAGCGUCAUCGAGAUCAAAUUUAUACACUUAAAGUUUUUCUAUUUUGAAAAAAGAUCAGAUUUGACAAAAUUUGAAUAUUCUAUUUGACGGGGUCGGCUUUUGUAUCUACAGUACAUGUGGUGUUUAUACCUACAUUACACGUAUUUGUAUUCUAAAGACAACAUUAGCGGAUUCUAUUGGACAGGGACGGCUUCGAGACUUACAAUACACAUAUUUUAGUACUAAAACGUUCCUCGCAGGUUUUAUGUUGAGUUUUUGCCGAAAUUUGAAUUUCCCAUUAGACAGGGGCGGCUUUGUGAUCUAAUAUACGCGUUUGAAUAUUAAAAUAUUUCGGUAAAUUGGGGUUUGUUUCGAUUCAGGUGAUUUUACUGUCCAAACUGUUGAUUGUAAAUAGAAAAACGUAACGGAAAUUCUAUACACUUGUUGAUAUUGUAAGGAAGGUAUAUAUUUAAUACGGUUGGAUAUUAUGUAAAUUAGUUGAAAAAAUAAUAAUAAUAAUAAUAAAAAAACGUAGUAUUUGAUCAAAGAAUUUUUACAAGAUUGCCUUAAAACGAUAAAUAGACUGAUUUUUUAGGUGUUACACUUAUUCGAAUAUGUCAUUUCUCUAUUUAUAGCCGGCUGAAUAUCUCGUUUAAUCGAUUUUCAUUCAUAAUCCCAACUAAUUUUACUAGAUUUUUCGAAAGUAUACUAUUCAAAUUCACUUUUGCAAGUUAUUUUACCUCAUAGUAAUAUUAGAAUAGAACAAAUGACGUUUGACUGACACAUGACGUACUUUAAUCGACAUUUCAAUUGUCAAAUUCAAAUAAAUACAAUACAAAAUAUCAGUUUUUAUUCCAAUUUAAUUCGGUUGAGAUUGAGGUUAUGAAAUACUUGUAGGUCUUACGUUAUAAAAAUGGUCGUACGUCAUUAAAUGAGUUAAUAAUUACGUGUGUACAUUCCAAAAUAAGCUAUCACAUUAAUCGAAGCACUAUAAAUAUUAUUUUUCAUGUAACGAAGAAAAAAAUCACAUGAGACUAAAUCUGUAGUCGAAUUUUGUUACCGAAAGAGGUUAAUUAACGUUUAUUGUGUACCGUAACGCCAUCUAGUUGAAACUACUUCAAAUUUUUUCGAUUAUAGUGAAACAACGUCGAAAAUGGACCGCAAUUACCGUUAGUACUUCAUUUUAGAACGUCUUGAAAUGAGUUUUUGUUGAAGGAUAUACAUACAGGUCAAGUUACACCAUUGCCGAAAGGAUGCGUUUAACUGUGCGGUUAAAAAUCCCCACGGUGUCGAUUUCCUAAGGGAUUUCACCGCCUAUUAUCCUAGAAGAUCCUUGGUCCUGGGUUUUUAUUCACAAAAAAUCUGAUCUAUCACACGAUCUGCAGAUUGGUACUGAGUUUAGUUACGGUGACUGAAAAGGGGUGUUUUAAAUUGUGAUAAAAAAAUGCGUAAAGGGGGGGGGGGGGGCGCACAUCGCUUGGUAUGUAGGGAAACUGAGAAACGAGCAAAUCGUAUCUAUAAUGACAUACGUCGAUUUUUAUAAAUAAUUUAAUUUAACAAAUUUUUUAUUUAUUUAUUUUUUUGUUACGUAAAAUACGGAUCUGUUAAAAUAUAUAGGAUGUCUUGUUAUAUUGUAAAUAUGUAAAUAUUUAUUUUAUGGAAAAUUAAGUCUCAUUAAUUGAAAGUUUUUAGUCGUUAUACGUUUAUUUAAAAAAAACGAUGUACAAACGCUUUUUUUUCACGAGUUAUUUUCAAAAAAAUGGCAUUUUUGACAACCUCGCCUCUUGUAUCGGUACUGUAACUUUUUUAAAUCAAAUUUCUACCCACAAAAUGGCACUAAAAUCGGUAAAAAUAAUUUUUGUAACUAAAACAAGCCUUAGGUAUCUGAAGAGGAUAAUUUGAUUAUCGAAACGUGUGUCGGAUAAUAUAGUUAUUGCAGUUAGCUCUAAUUAAUCAAGAAGUUUCAAAUUUUUCAUUAAUUCGGUUAUUUUGAAAAAAAAAUUCCAUUUUACUUAAAAAUAACGCAUGAAAAUUAUACCGGUACCAGUCGAAAUGUACAAUUUCUAAAAAGAAAUUUUUGUUUAACGAAUUUUUGAAUAAAGUUUAACGUAUAAUCAAA